UUCCCAGCAGCCUUUUCUCACUGACUUAAAGGAAUUUCCUCGCCGUCUGUAUGUUUUGUGUUGGGCAGAAUAUGUUUUGGUCUGGAUCUGGUAGCUUCACUGAGGAGGAAUUUCAGACCGGGAGUUGCCGUUAUGCCGAGUUCUUGUGACGAAUGCCCUGCGGUGACGGAUGAGGAGAUGGCCUGUACUGUCCUCAAUCGGUUUGUCGGCAUCCCAGAGCAGACCUAUGAAGACUUCCUUACAACAUUCACCUAUCUUCCCCAAGAGAAACAAGAUCGUCGGAUCCAGACUGAUGAGCCACAAAAUCAUUGUUCAGUUUUUGAAAACAUCCAAACUAGGAAAAAUCAUGAAGUCAGCGCCGAUAGGGAAGAAAAAGAGGAAAUGGAGCAGCUGAUUAUCAGUGAAGGAGAAAAUGUAGGAUGUUGUCACAGCCUUACACACUCUGGAAGAGUCCAGGUUGAUAAUUUCAUCAAUACAUCUGACACGGACGCUCUCUCUGAUGAUGAGGAGACGAGGCCACAUUUCUUAUUAUAUCCGGGAGAAGCAGACACGGAAACGUCACUUAAUGAUGAGCCCAUCAUGAGAAGUACGUGUUUGGACAUUCAGACAUCCUUCCAGAAGCAGACUACACCUGAAGAGCAUCUAGAUGAUGAGAUCCAACCGUUCGCUCUGGACCAAAGCUUUGAUUACGACUGCGUGGCGCUGACCCCGAAGUUUUCCGCAGUGGAGUUGGACUUCUUGAAAAACAGGGGGCAUCAAAAGACGGAAGACAAAGUCACAGAGGAGCAAAACCUGACGGCUCCAUGACGGGUUUCUAUCUCCGAGGAAAGAACGGGAUGUUUUAAAGCUUGAAUCCAAGGCAGCUGUAUAAGACCCACAUUGGCUCUGUAAUCAUUAUUGCAUCAUUACAUUUAUUUUUAUUAAAUGCAUGAAGUGUAA